AGAAAUGAAUCGUGGGAGAGCCAGUCUCUAGGCCUAUUUUCUCAAAAUCAAACCUGCCGCCCCGCCCAGGUAGUGGACGGGGGCGUCAGCUGUGCAUGGGAAGCUGGAAUCUGACCCCUGGCGCUGGGCCUGGUCUCCAUGGCAGCCGAGGACUUAUUACUGGGGCCUCCACCCUGCUUGGCAGACUUUCGACUUAGAGCUGGGAAGAAGGGGCACCAAGGAGGCGGUUCUGGGAGCAGCGGGAGGCCCUGCCAUGGUAAGCGGGGUCCGCUGCAGGCCAAGUUUCUUUCCCAGGACCAAAUUAAUGAGUACAAGGAGUGUUUCUCCCUGUAUGACAAGAGGCAGCGGGGCAAGAUCAAAGCCACUGACCUCUUGGUGCUGAUGAGAUGCCUGGGGGCCAGCCCCACGCCGGGGGAGGUUCAGCGGCACCUGAAGACUCACGGCAUAGACAGAAAUGGGGAGCUGGAUUUCUCCACUUUCCUGACCAUUAUGCACAUGCAAAUAAAACAAGAGGACCCAAAGAAGGAAAUUCUUUUGGCCAUGUUGAUGGCUGACAAGGAGAAGAAAGGCUACAUCAUGGCAUCUGAGCUGCAGUCCAAACUCAUGAAACUGGGGGAGAAGCUCACCCAGCAGGAAGUGGAUGAUCUUUUCAAGGAAGCAAAUAUCGAACCAAACGGCCAAGUGAAGUAUGAAGAAUUUAUCCACAAGAUCACCAUUCCUGUGCAGGACUACUGAGUGAGGAGAAUGCAGGAGAGCUUCCCUGGGCCUGAACACCCAGACUGGUUAAUUUUUUAAAAGAAAGUGUUCCUUUCACUCUACGGAGAUGGCAAACACGCAGCAAGAUGACCUUACCCGAGGAGCAGAGUGUAAUUUAGCAAUGGAAAUAAAUGAUUUCAGUCAUGGUGUU